UGCCGCGCGCUACCAUGCGAGGCUUGGGGCCAGCCCUGACGGCGCGGCGCCUCUUCCCUCUGCGGCUCUGCCCGCGGCCGCCGCGGCCGGUCGGACACCGGCUGUCGAGCGGGUCGGCGGCGGCGGAGGCGGGCGCCCUGGAACGGGCCAUGGACGAGCUGCUGCGCCGCGCGGUGCCCGCCACGCCGGCCUAUGAGCUGCGCGAGAAGACGCCGGCGCCGGCCGAGGGCCAGUGCGCCGACUUCGUGAGCUUCUACGGCGGCCUGGCCGAGGCGGCCGAGCGCGCCGAGCUGCUGAGCCGCCUGGCGCGGGGCUUCGGCGUGGACCACGGCCAGGUGGCCGAGCAGAGCGCCGGCGUGCUCCAGCUGCGAGAGCAGCCGCGGGAGGCGGCCGUGCUGCUGCAGGCCGAGGACCGGCUGCGCUACGCGCUGGUGCCGCGCUAUCGCGGCCUCUUCCACCACAUCAGCAAGCUGGACGGCGGCGUGCGCUUCCUGGUGCGGCUGCGGGCCGACCUGCUCGAGGCGCAGGCCCUCAAGUUGGUGGAGGGGCCGCACGUCCGGGAGAUGAACGGAGUGCUGAAGGGUAUGCUCUCCGAGUGGUUCUCUUCCGGCUUCCUGAGCCUUGAACGGGUCACCUGGCACUCGCCCUGUGAGGUGCUGCAGAAAAUCAGCGAGUCUGAGGCCGUGCAUCCUGUGAAAAAUUGGAUGGACAUGAAGCGACGCGUCGGGCCUUACAGGAGAUGUUACUUCUUUUCUCACUGUGCAGCCCCCGAGGAGCCCUUGGUCGUGUUGCACGUGGCGCUGACCGGCGAGAUUUCCAGCAACAUCCAGGCCAUAGUGAAGGAGUGCCCCCCGCCGGAGACGGAGGAGAGGAGCAAGAUCUCCACGGCCAUCUUCUACUCCAUCAGUCUGACGCAGCCAGGACUGCAGGGCGUGGAGCUGGGCACCGUCCUGGUCAAGCGAGUGCUCAAGGAGCUGCAGAAGGAGUUUCCUCAUCUUGGGACAUUUUCAAGUCUGUCUCCUAUACCUGGAUUCACCAAGUGGCUUCUGGGACUCCUGAACUCACAAGCAAAGGAACAUGGGAGGAAUGAACUCUUUACAGAUUCGGAAUGUAAAGAAAUCUCUGAGAUCACAGGCGGUCCCAUCAAUGAGACCCUCAAGGUCUUUCUCAGCAGCAGUGAGUGGGUGAAGUCUGAAAAGCUGGUCAGGGCGCUCCAGGCCCCCUUGAUGCGGCUCUGUGCCUGGUACUUGUAUGGAGAGAAGCAUCGGGGCUUCGCCCUGAACCCUGUGGCAAACUUCCACCUGCAGAAUGGGGCCGUGAUGUGGCGCAUCAACUGGAUGGCUGACAUGAGCCUCAAGGGCAUCACCGGCUCCUGCGGCCUGAUGGUCAACUACCGGUACUACCUGGGGGACACAGCCACCAACAGUACCAGCUACCUCUGCUCCAAGAACAUCAAAGCUUCUGAGCAGGUCCUCAGCCUCGUGGCCCAGUUUCAGAAGAACAGCAAACUUUAAACCUGUCCCAAAGCAGACGUCCCCAACCCAGAGAAGGGGGAUUUUUCUGGAUGGGUCAGGGAGGGUUAUGCGUCAAAAGGAGCUUUUUUAGUCAAGCAGGGUGAGAGCGUGUUCUCUGGCCUGCAGCAAGGUCACACUGGGAGGCUGUGCCCUGACUUCCAUUGCAAGAGUGCAGGCUGCCGCCAGAUGGUGGGGGGCUGGACGCGCGCUGGGCAGGGGGACACACCCCCUGCCCCGUCCCCCACAGAGAGCGGCCUGGCUCCCUGCCAGAGGCAGUGCUGUGGUGCUCCAUCUUCAGAAAGCUCUAGAGCCUCUGCUGGCUGUCGUCCCAGGGUGGACCAGCCAGCCUCACCGGGCCCCGGGCCGAUGGCCCAGGUGAGAGCAGAUUUUCCUUCAAGCUUAGAACAUAACUCAGCCAUUUUAGCCAUUUCUCUCCACUCGCGACAAAGGGGUAGA